AUGAAGCCCUUAUUUCAAAAUACAUCGGUGACACCAUUGACUACCUCGGCAGACAAUACAUCUACAGUCUACUGCAAUGGAACUUGUCAGACAAACGAACCACCUGCUAUAUCCACGAGAACCGUAUACGACGAUGCAUUAGAGGGUCUAGAAUAUGUCAAUAUUAUCAUUUUACCAACAUGUCUUGUAGUUGGAGUUUUUGGAAAUCUGAUCACAAUAUUUAUAAUGAACAGCAAAGCCUUUUCCAAAAUGGGAUCCCGUUAUUUCUUUGCAGCUUUAGCUGUAUCAGAUGUGACUCUCCUUCUAGCCCAGCCAUUCAACAAGAUGUUUGUCUUAGAGCUCUUUGGACGCGAUCUACGUGCUUUAUCCGAAGUUGGUUGUAAAUUAUUCUUUUGGUUCUUUCGAACGGGGAAAAUGACGUCGUCAUGGUUUGUUGUUUAUUUAUGUCUGGAAAGAUUCACUGCAGUCCUAUUCCCGUUUAGGGUAAAGAUCUUUUUCAGUAAACGAAACUGCUUGAUAGGAAUCGCAGCUGUUUAUUUUGUCAUUGGCGGCUUUAAUGCUGGCUGGACAUAUUGUUCAAAAAUUGACAGCAAAGGUGUAUGUAAUCCUGAUAGUUUUGAUAGGAAGGACCCACAAGCAGUAACAUUAUACAGGAGCAUGCUAACAGCCGGUUCAAGUCUUUAUUCUCUGAUUCCAGUAAUUAUUAUAGUAACAGUCACACUUAUUAUUCUUGUCAGCUUAGAAAGACGAAGCAAAGCUCGGAAGAAACUGACAAAUACAAAAGGAAACAGCUCCGAUCUAACAAGGGCCACGACAAUGUAG